AAUAUUUACUUUUUAUAAAAAGAAAAUUGUUGAAAGGGAGGCGGGAGUUUCCGGUUGCAGUGAGCGAAACCCUAGUUUGGGUUCCUCUGAAAACAAAAUGGCAGAAGCGGGACAAGAGGAAGAAGAACACACAUUCCCCCUAAAAAGAAAGCCCCAAGAUAUUCCUGCAGAAGAAGCGAUUGCCAAAUCCCACGAAGACGAUGUAAACAAGAAGCAAAAACUCUCUAGUACUGAUUCUUCACUCGCCCAGGAGAACAAACUUAACGUCGACGAAGAGGACGAAGAAGAAGAUGAUGAAGAUGACUAUGAAGGUGAGGUUGAAGAAGAUGAGCAGUCCAAUGGAGAACCGGAAGUCGAUCGUAAGGGAAAGGGGAUUUUAAGGGAUGACAAGGGGAAGGGAAAGUUGAUUGAAGACUCUGACGAUGAUGAUUCUAGUGAUUUUGGAAGCGAAUCUGAUGUUGACAGUGAUACCGACCUCUCCGACGAUCUACUGGCCGAAGUCGAUUUGGGUAACAUUAUUCCCUCUAGGACUCGACGGCGUACCCAUCAAUCUGGCCUUAAGAUAUCUGAUGAUUCCGUUAAAGGUGAUAAGUAGCAAUGCUUAAUUGAGUUUUGAGAUUCCAAAGAAAGCUAUUUUUAUGUUUAAAAACAUUCAGUCUUUAGAUAAGACAAGUCUUUCAGCCUCUCAUCGUCGUAGUAGCAAUAGUUGCAUUCCUGUUGUAUUUCGACUUGGAUCUAUAUUUCUCAUGUAGUUGGGGGAAGUACAUUACCCUUAACCAAUUUUAUUAAUAUCUCUUACAAUUGGUUUCUUGCUCU